UCUCUGCUUUCUCUGACAGAUGCUCCUCCACACGAACGAGAAGAGCUUUUCAUCCAGAAGCUGCGGCAGUGCUGCGUUCUUUUUGACUUCAUCUCUGACCCCCUCAGUGACCUGAAGUUCAAGGAGGUGAAGCGAGCAGGUCUCAAUGAGAUGGUGGAAUACAUCACACACAACCGUGAUGUUGUCACCGAGGCCAUCUAUCCUGAAGCUGUUAUCAUGUUUUCAGUGAACCUCUUCCGGACACUCCCACCAUCGUCCAAUCCCACAGGAGCAGAAUUUGACCCUGAAGAAGAUGAGCCUACAUUAGAGGCUGCCUGGCCACACCUUCAGCUGGUGUAUGAGUUCUUCCUCAGGUUCCUGGAAUCGCCUGACUUUCAACCAAAUGUAGCCAAGAAAUACAUUGACCAGAAGUUUGUGCUAUCUCUGCUGGAUCUCUUUGACAGUGAAGACCCCAGAGAACGAGACUUCCUAAAAACUAUUCUUCACAGGAUCUAUGGGAAGUUCCUGGGUCUGAGAGCAUAUGUGAGGAGGCAGAUCAAUAAUAUAUUUUACAGGUUCAUCUAUGAAACAGAACACCACAAUGGAAUUGCAGAGCUACUGGAGAUCCUGGGAAGCAUAAUCAAUGGGUUUGCUUUGCCUCUGAAGGAAGAGCACAAGAUGUUCCUCAUCAGAGUUUUGUUACCACUGCACAAAGUGAAGUCUCUCAGUGUGUACCAUCCUCAGCUGGCAUACUGUGUUGUACAGUUCUUGGAGAAAGACAGCAGCUUGACAGAGCCAGUGAUUGUGGGCUUGCUGAAGUUCUGGCCCAAAACUCACAGUCCCAAAGAGGUGAUGUUUCUAAAUGAGCUGGAAGAGAUCCUGGACGUGAUUGAGCCAUCUGAGUUUGUGAAGGUUAUGGAGCCCUUGUUCAGGCAGUUGGCCAAGUGUGUCUCCAGCCCACACUUCCAGGUGGCAGAGCGAGCACUGUACUAUUGGAACAACGAAUAUAUCAUGAGCCUGAUCAGCGAUAAUGCAGCCAAAAUCCUCCCCAUCAUGUUUCCAGCACUCUACAAGAACUCCAAGAGUCACUGGAACAAGACAAUUCAUGGGCUGAUCUACAAUGCACUGAAACUCUUCAUGGAGAUGAACCAAAAGCUUUUUGAUGACUGCACACAGCAAUACAAGGCAGAGAAGCAGAAGGGAAGGUUCAGGAUGAAGGAACGAGAAGAAAUGUGGCAGAAAAUAGAGGAGCUGGCUCGGCUGAAUCCCCAGUACCCCAUGUAUUAUGCACCUCUACCCUUGCCUUCUGUGUGCUGUAUGGAAACGGAGACCCCAACUGCAGAGGAUAUACAGCUGCUGAAGAAAACGGUGGAGACGGAGGCUGUGCAGAUGCUGAAAGACAUUAAGAAGGACAAAGUUUUGCUGCGCCGGAAGUCUGAGCUUCCACAGGACGUCUACACUAUAAAAGCCUUGGAGGCCCACAAGAGAGCAGAAGAGUUUCUCACCUCAAGCCAGGAGGCUCUCUGACGGGCUCAGGAGCUGGCCCAGGAAGCUCUGCCCCAUCCCUUUCCUCCAGGGGUCAUGGAAAUGCACUCGGUUCUCAUGUAUAAGUAAGGAAUGAACAUGGUGAGCUGUGCCUGUCCUCCACUCCAUCUGCAUACCUCCAGGGUAGAUCUGGUUUUAUGUUAUAACCUGUAUCUCACCACUGUCCUGUCCUCCUGCUUUUUCUCCAUCCUCCUGCUUUUCCACCUUGGCUGUGCAGGCAUGAAGGGAGCCUGCCUGACAUCUGCUUGUAUCAGUCCAGGCAGGACUCACUUCACUGUGAGCUGUCACCUGAUUCUUACUCUGCCAGGAAGCCAGAGCCUUGCUCGGGCUCUGUGUUGGGCAGAGCCUGCCAUGCAUGGCUCAGUGUGCUACUCCAAACUCCAAGUGCCCAUCUCCGCCACACCUGCCCCCAUGCUGCCUGUGCAGCUGCACCCUGCCAGAGGCCAGACUGAGCUUGGGGCAGAAGCAGAGCUUGUGAGGCUCUGCUGCCUCUCCAGCCUGCCUUGGGGUGCAGCUCCACAGCUGAAGGGUCUUAAUGUACAGCGGAGGAAAUGUUUACUUCCACCUUUCUUUUGCUACAAGCCCCGUGUUCUGUUCCCCUGUCAGUGGAGUGGGGGUUCAGUGCUUUGCCACCCCCAGUUAAGCUGGGUGCAAGCACUACAUACUAUUGCAGUCCUCCCUUUAGAGCAUCCUUAGAAGCUCUCUUGUGAGAAAGUGAAUUCCUUCUGCUGUUUGUGUUGGUCCGUGCUGACUCAUCUCCUUCCCGAUGUCUCGGGUUAAUUGUGGGCCCAGAACUAACUUCCCGCUUUGUAGCAGGUAUCAGCCACUGACUUCUACUUUCUUCCUCUACCUGCUCAAUUAAAAUACUCCUGCAGCUCUC